GUGAUGGGGACUGGAGAACGAGCCAUAAGUACCGCGGGUCCGCGACCGACCUCACCCACAGACAACGACGUUCAAGUCCGCGCAGACAUGCCCACCGGCCAAAAACUCGACAAGUUAUACAAGCUUCACUCCCGUGUAUACGGCUUGGAAGCGUCCAAAACCGCCGGCGCGAAACCCAAAGCCAAUGCAAAGCCUGUUGCGACCAUCACAAAGGCCCGGGGACUCCGUCGCUCGAGUAGAAUAUCGGGUACCGCGACCCGACCGCGCGGCCAUCUGCAGAACUUGCCGACCGAGAUCAUCGUGCACAUUCUUGAGUAUCUUUCAGCCCAGGAUAUUGCUUUGUUCCGAACGGUAUGCUGCGCGUUUCGAGACAUCGUGAACGAGUCCGUGGCCCUCCAGUACACGAUUGAACGCUCCCUGGCCGGUGUCGUCGAGGGCAGCCUCUCUGCGAACGACAACCUCAAAGACAGGCUGGCUGCCGUGCGAGAAUGGCGCCAAGCGUGGCGGACGCUGCGAUGGACAGACAGGCGCCAUGCACGCGAGGUCCCCGAGUUCGGCAUGUCGCAGGUGUCUGGGUCUGUCUACACCAUUAUUGCGUCUUCGUCAGCAUCGCCAGAUGGCGCGGCGCUCGAGUUUCGUCGGCUCGGAUCGAAGCUCAGAGGUGUUCCACCCAAAGAGUGGAGCCUCGACGAGCUGCCGGACCACGAAUCCUUUGCGGUCGAGUACGAGGAAGACCUUCUCGUUCUUGCUGAAAUGUGAGCCAACAGCC